AUGGCUUACACGGACGGAAAGAAAACCCUUCAUCUUGUCGGUAUUGGAGUCAAGCACUCGAUCGCCCCGCCUAUGCACGACCACAUCGCCGAAUCUCUGGGUCUACCAUGGACUUUCUGCAGCACCGAAUGCCCUACCUUGGACGAUUUGAUGACGGUUGCUAGAUCGGAGGACACUGCCGGCCUGGUGGUCACCAUGCCCUACAAGAACACCAUCAUGACUCGUCUCGAUCGCCUAGACGAACUGGCCACAACGAUAGGGGCAUGCAACAAUGUAUACCACGAUCCGACAGAUCACUCCAAGCUCGUGGGGGCGAAUACAGACUGGCUGGGGAUCAAGGGAUGCCUCCUCGAGAAGGGCAACCAAGACACACGUCCAAAGCUAGGCGACAGCGGCAAGCCAGCGCUGCUCGUCGGUGCCGGUGGUGCGAGCCGCGCCGCCGUGUAUGCCUUGAGUACGCAGCUUUUCUCGACGACCAUCUACGUCUUGAACCGCGACGACAAGGAGGUGGAGGACUUGUCCAGGGAUACAGCACGCAUCGAACCACGGCCGACCAUCAUACAUAUCAAAUCUAUGGAGCAGGCUUCAGGCCUCGAUACUCCAUACUAUGUCGUGGGUACCGUUCCCGACUUCCCACCCGCCACCGAGGCCGAGAAGACGGUGGCAGCAGUCCUGGAGCAUUUUCUGAAGCGUUCUCCUAAGGGCGUCAUGCUCGAUAUGUGCUUCAAGCCGAGGCACACACGGAUGAUGAAGUUGGCAGAGCAGCUCGGAUGGCCGACGGUGGAGGGGACGCACGUCAUUGGGUACCAAAUUGAGACACAAUGGCGGCUCUGGGCGGGCGAAGAACGAGCCGCCAAGCUAGACAGCGAGGGCGCCUGGAAAGUUUUGCUCCAGGCUGCCGAAGAGAGCCCCGCGAUCAACUUCUGA